UAAAGUACUGAAUGUUUAGAGAAAAUAAGUUUUCCCAUUUUAAUACAUUUAAGAAGUAAAAAGUUUAAGUAUAAAAGAAAUAACAUGCGUUCUUUAGUUAUUUUAAUAGUUUGUUGUCUACUUUAUAAUAUUGAAAGUAAACCUCUGGAAGGAUUCUCAUAUAAUGUUACAAUAAUUCCAGAACUUAGAAAAUGUAUAAUACCUGUAGAAGAUACCGAAACAUUUUGGGCAUGUAGGUAUUUUCAUUCUGAAGUUUUUGAGCCAGCAUCAGCAGGUUUAGGUUAUUGUACUACAAUGGAAAUAGAUGAAGAGGGUAAAGUUCAUUAUGAGUGUAGAACAGAGAAACCAUCUUUUGUCCCAAGGCGAAAGCGACCCCUCGGGAAAGAAGGAAAAAUCUAGAUAGUUAUCUUUUAAAGGGAUUAUAUACGAGGAACAGAUGGUGGAGCCUUGUACCAUACACAGAGAAAAAUGGCAUAAAGUAUUUAAUAUUCUAUGAAAAUUAUAUUUCUCAAUUGUAAUUAUCUUUGAAAUAAGAAUCAAUCAUGCUUUUAACAUGCUUUAUAAAUCUAUGCGUCAUAAUUAACUAGAAUAUUCAAUUACAAUAAUGUACAACGGAUUCUGUGUUUGUUUUAAUAAUUCAGUACAAGUAUUGACAAAUGCAUUUAUAUUUGGAAUUUAAAGUAACUAACUAGACGACAUAUAAAAUUCGGUAAAUUGAAAUUUAUGCGAUCUUGAUGAAAAAGAAAUGUGGACUUUUGCUCUGAAUUAGAGUAUCUUUUAUCUUUUCUUUAAAAGUUUUAAAUAUUUUCUAUAUUUUAAUUUUUAAAGGAGGUCACAUGUUCAGUAAAAUAAAAGAAAUGAUUAUAUAAGAUACAUUGAAAAAAUAAAUAUUUAGGAAAUUGGUUAAACAUUUUAUAAAUUGUUGUUCUAUUUUGUCAAAGAUGAUUCUAAGUACGGAUCUUAUAGAUUAUUUCGAAGAGCCUCUAUCUCCGGAAAAAGCAGAAAGGUUCAAAAUUCCUUAAACUAUAUAGGAGUGCUACUGAUAUGAAGUCGAUUUAAAAUUUCAAAAGUUUAAUAUUGAAAUUUGAAUAAAUAAUUAGAGAAAAAUGAUUUGUUAUGCAAACGACAUUAUGUCAUGUUUUUAAUGGAUAGAUCGAAAAUGUAAUUACAAGUUUGAAGAAAUUAACCUCGGAUUGUUUGUCUGAUUUAUUGUAAAGAAUAUAAGUAAAUUGUUAAUUAAAAUUUAAUUCUGAUUAUUUAA